AUGGUGCUGGAGGUGGAAAAUCCCUCCAACACUCAGCACUGUGGCCCUGUUGGGUGAGGGGCUAAAUGCAUGAGGGUGUUGUCCAAUCAGCCACUCCGCCUCCGAGAGUGGGAAGUAGCUGCUCAGGUACGUCGGCCAAUGUGGAGCGUGGGCCCUGAGACGAGGCCCUCUGGAAAUUAGUUGAUGCGUCUCAGCAGGCAGGCAGUUCCUCAGACCACAGACAGACUGCCACUCCAGGCUCUAUCAGGAGCAUCUAUAUAUCUGUACGGCAGCACACUCUGGCGGUCUGUCCGUCUGUCCCUGUCUUCCGUCUGUCUCCUCGACCUGUCAGAGAUAACAUGGUAGCGAGGAGUGCCCUGCACCGCCAAUGGAUGUGUCAGUAAGAAUAAAUAAGUUGUUUCUCCUUGCAAGCGAGCCCAGCGUGAGAAUGCGUUGGGAAUGGGAUAGCAUGUAAGUGGUGUUAGUCUUUCUGACUUUCCUACCUACUUUCUUACAGACUUUACAACCUACUUUCCUACCUACUUUCCUACCUACUCAGUUUUUGAGUAUUUGGUGAUACAGUGAAAGAGAAAGACUUGAAGUCAGGUGUCGUUGAGGUCAGGUUGAUCUCCAGCUCCUGGCAUUGAUGACAAGUACCCCUACUGGUGUGGAAGAGGAUGGCUAUGAUUGUUUCAGCUAUCAACCUCUCCCAACAAUGACUUUAUGAUGGGCAACAAACACACUGAUAUGUCAUCAAUUUAACUGCUGGACAGCUUAUUUUAUUGGGAGUUUAUUGGGAGUUAUAAAGCGUUAUUUUGUGUGUUCAACUGUUCACAUCCAACAAAUGGUGUGCUAGUCAUAUUGAGUCCUGUUUACACGAAACAAGAUCACAUUCUCACAGGCACUCCCAGUGCUUAAUUUGUAAAUCGGAAGGUGCCGGAACAAAAACAGAGCGUGAGGGGGGGGGGGCGGGGGGGGGGGGGGGGGGGGGGGGGUGACCUAGGGAGCUCUGAGGUACCGGAACGCAUGAGAAAAAAAAUCACCUUUAUAAUAAAGCAUUGCAUGAAUAUCAUCACAUUUGCGAAGUGGCACUUACAGAAGUUGCACACAUUGUCAAAAAAAUUUGUGGCCCAGGGUCCGGGAAAUGUUUGCCCUUUUAUAAACGUAUUUCAUGCAAUUCUACGUCCUUUUACAUGACUGGAGACUUUGGCGUAAUCUUUUUUUUAAAUGUCGCGUUCAAAACAACUGGGAACUCGGAGCUGGGAAAUCUCCGACUUCCGGCUUCAGUGUGUUCAAGACAACUGGGAAAUCGGGAGAAAAUUAGUUUUGAACGGUCAUCCAACUCAGAAUUCAAAGUGGGGAACUCUGGACUCUUUCUAGAGCCCCGACUUUCCAACCUGAAGAUCAUUGAUGUCAUGAUUCAACCUCGGUUUUUUUCGAGUUCCCAGUUAUCUUGAAAGCACCAUAAUACCGCACAAAUGAUCGAAAUGACAGGCUACUUUGACACUGACAAACUGAGAAUUUGAGAUUGAUGAUCAAUAGCCUAGGCCUAGGUGUGUGGAGACACAUAUUGUAUGCUACAAUAUAAUGAGGAAAUUAUAGUCCUAAAAAUACUUUCUAGUUUCACUGACUCUCCCAAUGAUGUGCAGCUCACUAGCUGGUGAUGGCCUAUGCGCUCGUGCCAAAAGCCUCCCUCUCUUGUUUUACUUUGUAAAACAAUAUUUGGAAGUUUAUCAAAUAUUUUGUUAGCCUACAGCUGACAUAUUAGAGUCUUCUCUUUUCAGCAGGAGCAUUCCCGACUGUAGAUUAUGCGUUGUUAUUGAUCUACACUCCACUAGGCAAUUUUUUAAAUAAGCUAUUAAUCCUUUGUGGUACAAUGUUUGUCUUUCUCAUGGUGUAAUAGGCUAUUCUGAAUUUUUUCAUUUAUUUCUGAACAGACAGCAGUAACUCUAUAACUUUGGCAACUUUUGCAAUUUGGGGGGAGGGGGGGGGGGAUUACUGAAGAGGCAACUCGAAUGAACUUUGAUCGCGUUUAUUAUAAGUUUUACAUUGCAAAAAGUGACAAUUAGUUUUCAUACAACGAGAGGUUCCGGAACGAAACGGAGAGGUGUAAAUAAAGCACUGGGCACUCCUAUAUAGGAACGUGUACUUUCACUUUAUCACUUUCUUACUCUCUGAUUGUGAUUCGCAUGUUCAGGAAAGUAAAAGAGACACAUACCCUAAACUAAAGCUCUUAGUCCUGAAUCUCCAAUGAGAGGAGCUGGUUCUUGUUUUGUCCUGUUGCUGUAUUUUUUUAAAAAUAUUUUUUACAGUAUUUGUUAUUCUGGGCACACACUGCCUCCCUCUUUUUCCUUGUUUUAUGAAACUGCGUGGGGUCUGUAAUCAGAGUGAGAGCCCAUGCUCAUAUUAAGAGACAGGAAGUGAUGCGGGAGCAAGCCAAGCUCCCCACAAAAGUUGUUGCUGCUACGGCGUGGACUGCCAUGAUUGAAGGCUGAAAGAAAUGCAAGUACUAUGUGUUGUCGGAAAUUUGGUUGACCAGGGAAACAGAAACCCAUUCACCUGUGAAUUCUUCUAUUUUUUAAACAGAAACUCAUCACGUUCCCCUGUAUGGCCUGUGGAGUAGGCCUACACCUUAAAGAAAAAUAACACUCAAAAACUAUAUUUUGGUAUUUGUUUCAUUAGUCCACUGUUAAUACAGUCCCACAAUGUAACAUUCUGUGACACUUUCUGUAUUUUGAAAGUUCUAUAUCUUGAAAACUUGAUUGCUGACAUGUAACAUUUUGGGACUGUAUCAACAGUACACUAAUGAAACAAAUACCAAAAGAUCGUUUUUGAGUGGAAUUUUCAUCUGUGAGUGUUGUACACCUGUGAGACUAUGCUCUUCAACAUUCUUCAUAUGACAGUGGUGGAUCCACCUGCAUUUCGUUAUUGUUCACCAACAGCUGGGAAGACAUCUGCAAAACCAGAGAUAUACUCAUAAAGUUGAAUUUGACAACACUGUGGCUGGAAAAUGUACGUCAAAGGAUAUGAUACAGAUCUUUUGCUCGCUGUACCUGUUAUGAGUUGUCAUUCAGAGAAUGUGUCUCAUUGUACUUUUGUGAAAUAGUGUUGAGUAGUGUGCCUGUGGAUUGUUCGUGGCAGCUGUAGGAAGUAGGUUUGAAUAAUAACCUGGUAUGUUAUACUUGCCACUCCUGUUAACAUUUCAAUUCCUGGCUAAAAGGAAUUCUCCAUUCCUGAUUAGCAUCUCUGUCUCACUACUAUGCAGUGAGGUUAAAGCAUUUCGAACCGUAAUUUCAACGUGGAAAUGUAGGUAAUAUUUGGUUGAGAUGUUGAUCAAUGAGAUUUCAACCUUUAUUUACCCACUCAAAAAGACAGCCAGAAGAUUGUUGAAUUCUCAAUGUGUUAUCACUAUGCUUUCAACCAUCAGAAAAGCACAACCAAAUUCCAAUGGAAAAACAAUGUCAGAUAUUUGUAUUUAAACAACAAUUUAAUGUGUUACUAAAGUGGUUCUUCUAAUAGUACAACCAACUGACCUGGAUUGCAGUUGAGAUUACAUUAAAAUUACAUAGUGCAAGUGAUCAAUGCUGUUCGAGAUUCUGUGCAGAUUAUUAUAGCAGUUGUGAAGAUCUCCACAGAGGGCAGACCGGUGACCUUUGCAUGCUAUCUUGAACAUGCAUGCUUUCUAUGACUACAUAAGAAGACAUUUAUAGUUACAGUAACCUCAAAAUGUGGCCAUGGAUGUGUUACUCAUUUUAAGGUUGAAUAAAUACUGUUACAUUAGUUUGCAAGAUAACCUUAACUUUAGGCUAUUUACUGUAUUAUUGGUUGACAACUCAACCAAAUAUCAACAUUUAAAGGUCCAAUGCAGCUGUUUUUAUCUCAAUAUAAAAUCAUUUCUGGGUAACAAUUAAGUACCUUACUGUGAUUGUUUUAAAUUAAAAUGGUAAAAAAAAGAAACAAAAAUAGCUUCUUAGCAAAGAGCAAUUUCUUAAGCAAGAAUUUUGCUAGGAUUGUAUGGGAGUGGUCUGAGUGGGGAGGGGAAUACUAUCUGAGAGGUUUGGAACUCUCUUUCUUAUUGGUCUAUUAUCUAAUUUAAAGGCUGGUGAUGUCACCAGGCAGGCCAAAACGCCAUCCUACCAAAACAGGCUGAAAUUUCAGGCACUUUUAAAACAGUUCUUACACUAGAAUUUUCACAAUUUCACAGUAUUAUUCCAACCUCAUAGUGUGAAAAUAUAUAUAAAACACAGGAAAAUCACGUUUAUGAUGGCACUGUGCCUUUAAAGACUAGGACUAAAUCAAAUCAAACUUAAUUUAAAGUGCAUUUAAACUUAGAUUUGAUUUAGUCCUAUUAUUUUGAUUUUUGGUUGAGAUGGAGACAUGAAUCCAACAUAUCAAUUAUUAAUUUGAAGACAAACUGGAAUUCAAACCAGAUAGUGUCACAGAUGGAAAUAUGCAAGCAGAAGAUAUAUCUCCUUCAAAUGUUGAUGUUAGGUUGCAUUGACAACCAAACAUAAUUCAAUAUCCAGUUCAUCUACAAAUUAAUAAUUGAUAUGUUGGAUUCACGUCUCCAUGUCAACCAAAAGUCAAAGUUAAAGAAUAUGACUAAAUCAAAUCAAACUUUAAAUGCACUUAUUUUGAUUGAGAUGGUGACGUGAAUUUAAUUAUUAACUUUAAGAUGACAUUUGAAAUCAACCAAAGCUUGAAACCCUAGGCCUAUACAGUUGAAGUCGAAGUUUACAUACACCUUAGCCAAAUACAUGUAAACUCAGUUUUUCACAAUUCCCGACAUUUAAUCCUAGUAAAAAUGUCCUGCUUUAGGUCAGUUAGGAUCACCACUUUAUUUUAAGAACAUGAAAUGUCAGAAUAAUAGUAGAGAGAAUUAUUUAUUUAAGCUUUUAUUUCUUUCAUCACAUUCCCAGUGGGUAAGAAGUUUACAAACACUCAAUUAGUAUUUGGGAGCAUUGCCUUUAAAUUGUUUAACUUGGGUCAAAGAUUUUGGGUAGCCUUCCACAAGCUUCCCACAAUAAGUUGGGUGACUUUUGGCUUUUGGUUUGUAGGCCUCCUUGCUCGCCCACACAUUUUCUAUAGGAUUGAGGUCAGGGCUUUGUGAUGGCUACUCCAAUACCUUGACUUUGUUGUCCUUAAGCUAUUUUGCCACAACUUUGGAAGUACGCUUGGGGUCAUUGUCCAUUUGGAAGAUCCAUUUGCGACCAAGCUUUAACUUCCUGACUGAUGUCUUGAGAUGUUGCUUCAAUAUAUCCACAUAAUUUUCCCUCCUCAUGAUGCCAUCUAUUUUGGGAAGUGCACCAGUCCCUCCUGCAGCAAAGCACCCCCACAGUAUGAUGCUGCCACCCCCGUGCUUCAAGGUUGGGAUGGUGUUCUUCGGCUUGCAAGCGUUCCCCUUUUUCCUCCAAACAUAACGAUGGUCAUUAUGACCAAACAGUUCUAUUUUUGUUUCAUCAGACCAGAGGACAUUUCCCCAAAAAGUACGAUCUUUGUCCCCAUGUGCAGUUGCAAACCGUAGUCUGGCUUUUUUAUGGCGGUUUUGGAGCAGUGGCUUCUUCCUUGCUGAGCGGCCUUUCAGGUUAUGUCGAUAUAGGACUCGAUUUACUGUGGAUAUAGAUACUUUUGUACCUAGUUCCUCCAGCAUCUUCAAAUCAAAUCAAAUCAAAUUUUAUUGGCCACAUGCGCCGAAUACAACAGGUGCAGACAUUACAGUGAAAUGCUUACUUACAGCCCUUAACCAACAGUGCAUUUAUUUUUUAUAAAAAAGUAAAAUAAAACAACAACAAAAAAGUGUUGACAAAAAAAGAGCAGAAGUAAAAUAAAAUAACAGUAGGGAGGCUAUAUAUACAGGGGGGUACCGGUGCAGAGUCAAUGUGCGGGGGCACCGGCUAGUUGAGGUAGUUGAAGUAAUAUGUACAUGUGGGUAGAAUUAAAGUGACUAUGCAUAAAUAAUGAACAGAGUAGCAGCAGCGUAAAAAGAUGGGGUGGGGGGGCAGUGCAAAUAGUCCGGGUAGCCAUGAUUAGCUGUUCAGGAGUCUUAUGGCUUGGGGGUAGAAGCUGUUGAUAAGUCUUUUGGACCUAGACUUGGCACUCCGGUACCGCUUACCGUGCGGUAGCAGAGAGAACAGUCUAUGACUAGGGUGGCUGGAGUCUUUGGCAAUUUUGAGGGCCUUCCUCUGACACCGCCUGGUAUAGAGGUCCUGGAUGGCAGGAAGCUUGGCCCCAGUGAUGUACUGGGCCGUACACACUACCCUCUGUAGUGCCUUGCGGUCGGAGGCCAAGCAGUUGCCAUACCAGGCGGUGAUGCAACCAGUCAGGAUGCUCUCGAUGGUGCAGCUGUAGAAUUUUUUGAGGAUCUGAGGACCCAUGCCAAAUCUUUUCAGUCUCCUGAGGGGGAAUAGGCUUUGUCGUGCCCUCUUCACGACUGUCUUGGUGUGUUUGGACCAUGAUAGUUCGUUGGUGAUGGACACCAAGGAACUUGAAGCUCUCAACCUGUUCCACUACAGCCCUGUCGAUGAGAAUGGGGGCGUGCUCAGUCCUCUUUUUUUUCCUGUAGUCCACAAUCAUCUCCUUUGUCUUGGUCACGUUGAGGGAGAGGUUGUUAUCCUGGCACCUCACAAGGUCCUUUGCUGUCGUUCUGGGAUUGAUUUGCACUUUUCGCACCAAAGUACGUUCAUCUCUAGGAGACAAAACGCGUCUCCUUCCUGAGCGGUAUGAUGGCUGCGUGGUCCCAUGGUGUUUAUACUUGCAUACUAUUGUUUGUACAGAUGAACGUGGUACCUUCAGGCGUUUGGAAAUUGCUCCCAAGGAUGAACCAGACUUGUGGAGGUCUACAAUUUCUUUUCUGAGGUCUUGGCUGAUUUCUUUUGAUUAUCCCAUGACGUCAAGCAAAGAGGCACUGAGUUUGAAGGUAGGCCUUGAAAUACAUCCACAGGUACACCUCCAAUUAAUAAUAAUAAUAAUAUGCCAUUUAGCAGACGCUUUUAUCCAAAGCGACUUACAGUCAUGCGUGCAUACAUUUUUUUUUGUGUAUGGGUGGUCCCGGGGAUCGAACCCACUACCUUGGCGUUACAAGCGCCGUGCUCUACCAGCUGAGCUACAGAGGACCAGAGGACCAAUUGACUCAAAUGAUGUCAAUUAGCCUAUCAGAAGCUUCUAAAGCCAUGACAUCAUUUUCUGGAAUUUUCCAAGCUGUUUAAAGGCACAGUCAACUUAGUGUAUGUAAACUUAUGACCCACUGGAAUUGUGAUACAGUGAAUUAUAAGUGAAAUAAUCUGUCUGUAAACAAUUGUUGGAAAAAUUCCUUGUGUCAUUGUAGUAUCUGAACAUUCCAGAACUUGGCUCUGCUUGCGGAAACAUCUGGAAAACAUUACUAUAGGGGCCCCCUAAAACAGAGGAGAGUCUGUUAUGUGAAGGCCAGGGAUUGGUCUAUAAAAAACCACCCAUAUUAUGGUACAUAUUAUAAAUACCAUGGUUGGAACAAAGGACGGGGAGAAAUAACAUAUUAGAGAUUGGGUCAGUUGUUCUCCAGAUGUCUGCAGAAAUCUGUAAAUUGAUACUGUUAUCUUUGAUGUAAUAAACCAUUAUAAUCAAGGACAGUGUCAGCGGAUUUCUUGUCAUCACAGCAUAUCAGCAUCGUUGUCUCGACACUACAUCAUGCACAAAGUAGAUGUCCUAACCGACUUGCCAAAACUAUAGUUUGUUAACAAGAAAUGUGUGGAGUGGUUGAAAAACGAGUUUUAAUAACUCCAACCUAAGUGUAUGUACUUCCGACUUCAACUGUAUGUGUUGUCUAUUUUUAAUUGAAUCCUGGGUUGAAUUUAAACAAUAGCUGUUAAUGACUUUGUAAAUGCUAAAUAGGCCAUGUAUCAUUGAUGAUAUAUGACUUAUAAAGUAUGGUUACAUUUCGUUUGCUUUGUUAAACCUACUCUUUGGAAUGACUUCGAUAGCAACAGUAAAUCUAUUUAGAUAUUAAGAGAUCUCUCAAAAAUCAUUCUCAUGAUAGCACAUUGGUAGUAGUCAGUGACAAAUAACAAAGCUAAGCAGGGCUGGGUUUGGUUAAAACCCUGGCUGUGAAACCAAAUGGAUAGCUGUAGAUAGAUCAACUCUCCAGUAGGAGGUGCUGUCCAGCUUACUGUUAUUUUUUCUGAUAGUGGAUAGAACGUUGAACACGUUUCAAAGGUGGAAAUUCAACAUAUUUUAUAAAGGUUUGUCUUGUUGAAAAUUGGUUACCAUGAUAACAUAAUUAUGUGGUUGAAAUGUUACCCUUGAUGACUUUUUGCAACUCCAAUGUAUUUUCCUUGUAGAUUCCCUUUAAUAAGGUUUGUUUUGUUGAUUAUUACUGAUAUCAGAAAAAUCAGAAUGUUGUAAGAAACCAUAGCUCUGAUAAUGCAUUUCUCUUCCCUAUUAUAGAUCAGAUACUAUUAACUGCAAUGCGUUUGGCAUUAUGCAAACUAUCCUUCACACAAAGGGACCAUUCUGUUCAUGCAGUCUUCCAUUGUAAAUAAGAGCCCACUGCCAGCUCUGUGAUGUGUAAUGUGGUAUUAGAUGUGUUAUUUCUCUCUCUCCCUGUCCUCCUCAGAAACAUGGCUUCAGCAGAGAUCUCCUGGCCCAUCCCGAUGAGGGCCAUCGGGGCCCAGAACCUGCUCACCAUGCCAGGAGGAGUGUGCCACUCUGGGUACCUGCACAAGAAGGGAAGGAGCCAAUUCAGCCUUAUGAAGUGUGAGUAGCCUUACAGUACAUAACAUUACAUUACAUACAGUACAUACCUUUCAUGGCACAUUAAUGUGUACUGUACCAAAGGAUUCUGACAAAGGUCUAAGAUGAGUUGCACUGCAUACAUUCAUCUCAUCCCAAUGUUUAGUUUAUCAGCCCUUGAGCGGGGUUGGAGAUUCAUAAAAUUAGGAAGAAUAUAUGAAGAGUUUAUUUCCAAAACGCUAUAUCCACCUAUUUUUCACAUUUGUGUUUUUUCAUCAGAAAUGAUUGCUUAUGGGUACCUUCAUGUGUGUGUAAAAUAUUACUGUUCUCAGAUAUUUUAUUAAUAGAUUUUAGAUAUAUAUUCAUUUUUUAUCUGGAAUGGAAUGUUCGUAUCCUGUAUUUUUGACUGUGAUAUGUGGUUGUCUCACCUAGCUAUCUUAAGAUGAAUGUACAUAAUUACUGUAAGUUGCUCUGGAUAAGAGCGUCUGCUAAAUGACUAAAAUGUCAAAUAUAAAUGUUUUACAUACAGGUCUCAUAUUACUGUAUUUAAUUUAUUUAAACAUUUUUUAAAUAUUGAUGUCACAAAUGUAUAAUUUGUACAUUUUUUAUGAUGUAGUUAUUUGUUACAUUUGACUGUAUAAAACCUAGCAGUACUACUUAUUUUUUCGGAUAUAUAGCAUUUUGCAAAAAAAACUAGAUUAUUUGUCUCUGAAAUGAAAUCAUCAAGUGAUAGAUUUUAAUCAAAUACAUGUCUCUCAUUGAACAACCCCAUGCCAUGAUUGGAUAGUGAAGAAAAAAAACACACCAAUCUCAUUCCUGAUUUCUUUAAACAAUAAAAGCUAAAUUUACCAACAUGUCUGAAAAUGGAUAUAUAGCAUUUUAGAAUGAAACUCUUCAUAUUUGCUAUUAUACCUAGGUUACUGUAUGUGUGAGUCCUUUCCUUAUGUUAUCUUUCUUUCUGCUAUCUGACAGGGCCCCUUCGCUACAUAAUCAUCCACAGGGGAUGUGUGUAUUACUUCAAGAGCAGUACCAGUCCCACACCGCAAGGAGCUUUCUCUCUCAAUGGCUACAACAGGUAAGUGUCCACUAUUGUCAUGCAGCUGUCAUUUGCACAUGAAUUUGAAUAGACAAAACAUGUUGGCAUUCUCAGAUAGGCCUACAUAUGAUUAUCAAUGUUUGAAAUACAGCUGGCAUUGUCCGUUGCAAUCAGUUGUUAUGCUGAGAAAUGAGAAAGUCUGCUGACAAUGAAUGCAUUUCUUAAGUGUUGGUGUGCCACUUCCUGCUAAAUGAGAUCAUCUCUAUAAAGAGCUUGAGUUUUCGCUUACGAAUACCUAACAUGGGGGACUUGUCAUAUUAAUUCCUACAUAGGUGACAAGUCAGUAAUAGAGACGGCACUGUUAAACCAUCUCUUUUCCAUAUUUGUUUGACAUUUGGAAAAGUGAAAGUGGAUACUGAAGUAUCCUAGCCUGUGGUGUUUCCAUUGAGUUCCUCCUUCUACUGCUUCCCUAAAGGUGCAUGCUGCAGUACCAUGGGGGUAACGUUAUAACUGUGUAAUUACACAUCUGGAGUCUCCUCUAUCUGCUUUGGCCUGGCAUAAAUAGAGCUUUAAUAUAGCUGUUGUGAGGGAUUAGCCUCCUAUUUGAUUGGUCUGUGACUCAUUGAAAACCUUUCCCAGUCAAAGGAAUAAAGCAACCUCACAGAGAGUUAACAUACGCAGGGAACUUUAUUGCCAAAUAGGGGUAUGGACAUGGAAAUGGUCUGAAAGGUACAGAGAAAGAGAAAUAAUGAAAAAACUAUACAUGUAAUAACAUGGAUAUAAACAGUGCAACAGUGCAAAGUAAUGACCACAAUAGCUCAAGUAGAGAGAAUAAUCAAUUAAACAAAGGACUGUAUAGAAAAUGACUAUAUAUAUAUAUAUAUAUAUAUAUAUAUAUAUAUAUAUGUAAACAUAAACAUGUUACCUGAACAUGCAACAUUGUAAAAAAGGCCGGCCCUCUUAACCUGACUGGCCUUCAGACCUGUCAGUCACCUAUCUCAAUUCCAACCAAUCAGGGCGCUUGGACGUACUCCAGGGAUCCCCCCGCGCACCUCAUGUCAGAGCAUGUUCACCUGCCGUCUCGAGAAGAUGCAAGUUGUGUAGUGAUGGACUCUCAGAUUCUGGUUUUCUAUCUUGAAGUGUUGUGCGUCCAUCGAACAUAACCACAAUCAUAUAAACAUCUUCACAAUCUUACUAGCAGCAAUAUCCUUGCCUGUGAAGCCCUUUUGUGCAAAGCAAUGAUGACGGCACGUGUUUCCUUGCAGGUAACCAUGGUUAAUAGAGGAAGAACAAUGAUUUCAAGCACCACCCUCAUUUUAAAGCUUCCAGUCUGUUAUUCUAACUCAAUCAUCAUGACAGAGUGAUCUCCAGCCUUGUCCUCGUCAACACUCUCACCUGUGUUAACGAGAGAAUCACUGACAUGAUGUCAGCUGGUCCUUUUGUGGCAGGGCUGAAAUGCAGUGGAAAUGUUUUUUGGGGAUUAAGUUAAUUUUCAUGGCAAAGAGGGACUUUGCAAUUAAUUGCAAUUCAUCUGAUCACUCUUCAUAACAUUCUGGAGUAUAUGCAAAUUGCCAUCAUAAAAACUGAGGCAGCAGACUUUGUGAAAAUUAAUAUUUGUGUCAUUCUCAAAACUUUUGACCACGACUGUACAGCUGAGCAGUCUGGCACACUGAAACAUGGCCAGACCAGCAGGCCCAUACAGCUCCAACAGCACACAAUAUGACAUAGACAGCAUUACAUGUUGUUAUAGCAAUAUUGUGAUAGUAAUAGUAAUAAAUGAAUGAACUAAUGAUACAGCUGCCAGAUGGUUUUACCCACAAAAUGUGAAAUCGGAUUGGUCAGAGUGAGGAGGCUUACUGCACUGUAUUUUCCUAUGCCUGUGUAUCUAUUAUACUGUAUGUAUAGAUAUGUGGUGUUCUCCAAGGUGUGGUUUCAGUUUCUAUUCCUCUCGUUGCCAGGGUGAUGAGGGCAGUAGAAGAGACCACCUCCAGUAACGUGUUUCCCUUCAAAAUCGUCCACUUCAGUAAGAAGCACCGGACCUAUUGCUUCUCAGCAGCCAAUGAGGAUGAGAGAAGGGUGAGGGGCGAUGCGUACAGAACCUCUCACAUUCCUAGUAACAUUACAGCAAUACAUAGAUAAUGUUUUAAUCACAUAAUGUAAUCCCAAUUAUUUUUGUCUACUAACAGAAAUGGAUGCGAAACCUGCGAAAAGAAAUUGAUCACUAUAAUGACAGAAGGGAUUCACAUAUUCCAAAGUAAGUCAGCACAUCCCUUCACACAAACAUAUAAUCUGUGGUCACUUGCUCUUUCCGAUAAAUGGUAGACAGUUUGGCUGCAUGCUCUGAUUAACUUUCUGAGCCUGCAGGUUUUAUCUCCUAGGAUAUCUCUUGCUGUGUGUGUUACAAAAAGUAUGAAUGGGAGUCAGUGAAUGCAUGAUCAUGUCACGCUCGUCAUACACAGAGGACCAAGGCGCAGCGUGGAAUGCGAACAUACUUUUAAUUUGAAUGAUCACACGACCAAAACAACAAACGAUACGAAACGUGAAGUCCUUGGUUACAAUACAAACCAUACGGAACAAGAUCCCACAAACACUGUGGAAAAACAGGCUACCUAAAUAUGGUUCCCAAUCAGAGACAACAAGCAACAGCUGAUUCACGUUGCCUCUGAUUGAGAACCACACCGGCCAACAUAGAAACAAACGAACUAGCCAAUCACCCUAGCACACAAAACACAUAGAAACCACACACCCUGGCUCAACAAAGGCGCGGACUGCGACCGCGCCAAACAUAAACCGAACAGGGGAGGGCCGGGUGGGCAUUCCUCCUCGGAGGCGGUUCCGGCUCCGGGCUUGACCCCCACCCUCCAACCAACCCCCCAAAGCGCCCCUGGUCCGGUCUGGCCCUGCUUGCCGGAGCUGGACUGAACACUGGUGGAGCGGAUUGCUCUAGCUCCGGAGUGGAGCAGCUGACCGGUGCUGGACCAGGCACCGGUGGAACAGGCACGGGCUGUGCCGGACUGACGACGCGCACCACAGGCUCGGUGCGGGGAGCAGGGACGGGCCGGACCGGGCUGACGACGCGCACCAUUGGCUUGGUGCGGGGAGCAGGGACGGGCCGAACCGGGCUGACGAAGCACACCACUGUCUUGGUGCAGGGAGCAGGAACAGGCCGGACCGGGCUGACGACGCGCACCAUUGGCUUGGUGCGGGGAGCAGGGACGGGCCGAACCGGGCUGACGAAGCGCACCACUGGCUUGGUGCGGGGAGCAGGAACAGGCCGGACCGGGCUGACGAAGCGCACCACUGGCUUGGUGCGGGGAGCAGGAACAGGCCGGACCGGGCUGACGACGCGCACCACAGGCUUGGUGCGAGGGGCAGGAACAUGCCGGACCGGGCUGGCGACGCGCACCACAGGCUCGGUGCGAGGGGCAGGAACAUGCCGGACCGGGCUGGCGACGCGCACCACAGGCUCGGUGCGAGGGACAGGAACAAGCCGGACCGUACUGGGGACACACACCACUGGCCCUACGCGGGGAUCAGGAACGGGCCGGACCGGACUGGCAACACACCCCAGUACCUCUCGCCGUGCCUCUACAUUCUCCUUCCCCCUGGUGACCAGUGACUCCCGUAACCUGGCGGCCUCCUUUGCCAACCAGCUGAACCACUCUAUCCCGGCCUCCUGCUGCCCCGUCGUCCACGGCGUGAGCCCCCCCCUAAAAAAUGUCUGGGCGUCUCUCCUCCCCGUGGGCCAGGCCUCCAUGGCUCUCACCAGACUCUUGCUCCUCUGCUCCAAAGUCCAGCCUCUCUCCUCCUCCCGCGGCUUGAUCCAGUCGAGGUUGAGAUCCUUCAGAGUCACCUCUGGCGUUGGCUCCUGGACACGCUGCUUGGUCCAGUUAUGGUGGGAUCUUCUGUCACGCUCGUCAUACACAGAGGACCAAGGCGCAGCGUGGAAUGCGAACAUACUUUUAAUUUGAAUGAUCACACGACCAAAACAACAAACGAUACGAAACGUGAAGUCCUUGGUUACAAUACAAACCAUACGGAAACAAGAUCCCACAAACACUGUGGAAAAACAGGCUACCUAAAUAUGGUUCCCAAUCAGAGACAACAAGCAACAGCUGAUUCACGUUGCCUCUGAUUGAGAACCACACCGGCCAACAUAGAAACAAACGAACUAGCCAAUCACCCUAGCACACAAAACACAUAGAAACCACACACCCUGGCUCAACAUAACAGAGUCCCAGAGCCAGGGCGUGACAGAUCAGUGAAUCAAUUCAAUGGAAGGUGAUUGAUGUGGUCCUCUCUCUGUUGAUAUAGUGACUCUGAAUGUGAUGCGGACAGUUUCUAUGGCCCGAUCGAGUGCCCCAUGGACAUAACCCAUGCCCAUGAUGACCCAGGAGGCAGUAAGUGACAGCACUCACUUCUGAAGCAAUAUGUCUCAGUUUCAUAACAUUGUUUCAUACAAUUAACGAACAAUUUGUUUUGCGUUUUCUUGCCUAGAUUACAUGUUAGAGGAUGAAGAAGAUGAUGAUGAUGAAGAUGACUAUGAAAAACCAGAUAGCCCACCAACUUCUACAGGUACUCAAAAAUAAAUAUAUUUGAGUUUGGUGCUGAAAGGUUCUAUAACUGUGAUAGACCAUUGAUGGGACUGGCAUGUCAUCACUAUUCAAGCUAAUGAUCCCAAUUUGGCUCCAUUUGAGACCGUAAACCUUAUAUACACUGCUCAAAAAAAUAAAGGGAACACUUAAACAACACAUCCUAGAUCUGAAUGAAUGAAAUAAUCUUAUUAAAUACUUUUUUCUUUACAUAGUUGAAUGUGCUGACAACAAAAUCACACAAAAAUUAUCAAUGGAAAUCAAAUUUAGUCACCCUCAAAAUUAAAGUGGAAAACCACACUACAGGCUGAUCCAACUUUGAUGUAAUGUCCUUAAAACAAGUCAAAAUGAGGCUCAGUAGUGUGUGUGGCCUCCACGUGCCUGUAUGACAUCCCUACAAUGCCUGGGCAUGCUCCUGAUGAGGUGGUGGAUGGUCUCCUGAGGGAUCUCCUCCCAGACCUGGACUAAAGCAUCCGCCAACUCCUGGACAGUCUGUGGUGCAACGUGGCGUUGGUGGAUGGAGCGAGACAUGAUGUCCCAGAUGUGCUCAAUUGGAUUCAGGUCUGGGGAACGGGCGGGCCAGUCCAUAGCAUCAAUGCCUUCCUCUUGCAGGAACUGCUGACACACUCCAGCCACAUGAGGUCUAGCAUUGUCUUGCAUUAGGAGGAACCCAGGGCCAACCGCACCAGCAUAUGGUCUCACAAGGGGUCUGAGGAUCUCAUCUCGGUACCUAAUGGCAGUCAGGCUACCUCUGGCGAGCACAUGGAGGGCUGUGCGGCCCCCCAAAGAAAUGCCACCCCACACCAUGACUGACCCACCGCCAAACCGGUCAUGCUGUAGGAUGUUGCAGGCAGCAGAACGUUCUCCACGGCGUCUCCAGACUCUGUCACGUCUGUCACAUGUGCUCAGUGUGAACCUGCUUUCAUCUGUGAAGAGCACAGGGCGCCAGUGGCGAAUUUGCCAAUCUUGGUGUUCUCUGGCAAAUGCCAAACAUCCUGCACGGUGUUGGGCUGUAAGCACAACCCCCACCUGUGGACGUCGGGCCCUCAUACCACCCUCAUGGAGUCUGUUUCUGACCGUUUGAGCAGACACAUGCACAUUUGUGGCCUGGUUGAGGUCAUUUUGCAGGGUUCUGGCAGUGCUCCUCCUGCUCCUCCUUGCAAAAAGGCGGAGGUAGCGGUCCUGCUGCUGGGUUGUUGCCCUCCUACGGCCUCCUCCACGUCUCCUGAUGUACUGGCCUGUCUCCUGGUAGCGCCUCCAUGCUCUGGACACUACGCUGACAGACACAGCAAACCUUCUUGCCACAGCUCGCAUUGAUGUGCCAUCCUGGAUGAGCUGCACUACCUGAGCCACUUGUGUGGGUUGUAGACUCCAUCUCAUGCUAUCACUAGAGUGAAAGCACCGCCAGCAUUCAAAAGUGACCAAAACGUCAGCCAGGAAGCAUAGGAACUGAGAAGUGGUCUGUGGUCACCACCUGCAGAACCACUUCUUUAUUGCUAAUUGCUUAUAAUUUCCACCUGUUGUCUAUUCCAUUUGCACAACAGCAUUUGACAUUUAUUGUCAAUCAGUGUUGCUUCCUAAGUGGACAGUUUGAUUUCACAGAAGUGUGAUUGACUUGGAGUUACAUUGUGUUGUUUAAGUGUUCCCUUUAUUUUUUUGAGCAGUGUAUAUAUAUACAGUACCGGUCAAAGGUUUUAGAACACCUACUCAUUCAAGGGUUUUUCUUUAUUUGUACUAUUUUCUACAUUGUAGAAUAAUAGUAAAGACAUCAAAACUAUGAAAUAACACAUAUUGAAUCAUGUAGUAACCAAAAAAGUGUUAAACAAAUCAACAUAUAUUUUAUAUUUGAGAUUCUUCAAAUAGCCACCCUUUGCCUUGAUGACAGCUUUGCACACUCGUGGCAUUCUCUCAACCAGCUUCACCUGGAAUGCUUUUCCAACAGUCUUGAAGAAGUUCCCACAGAUGCUGAGCACUUGUUGGCUGCUUUUCCUUCACUCUGCGGUCCGACUCAUCCCAAACCUUCUCAAUUUGGUUGAGGUCGGGGGAUUGUGGAGGCCAGGUCAUCUGAUGCAGAACUCCAUCACUCAACUUCUUGGUCAAAUAGCCCUUACACAGCCUGGCGGUGUGUUGGGUCAUUGUGCUGUUUAAAAAGAAAUUAUAGUCCCACUAAGCACAAACCAGAUGGGAUGGCGUAUCGCUGCAGCAUGCUGUGGUAGCCAUGUUGGUUAAGUGUGCCUUGAAUUCUAAAUAAAUCACAGACAGUGUCACCAGCAAAGCACCCCCACACCAUAAUACCUCCUCCUCCAUGCUUUACGGUGGGAAAUACACAUGCAGAGAUCAUCCGUUCAUCCACACCGCAUCUCACAAAGACACGGCGGUUGGAACCGAAAAUCUACAAUUUGGACUCCAGACCAAAGGACACAUUUCCACCGGUCUAAUGUCCAUUGCUCGUGUUUCUUGGCCCAAGCAAGUCUCUUCUUAUUAUUGGUGUCCUUUAGUAGUGGUUUCUUUUCAGCAAUUCGACCAUGAAGGCCUGAUUCACACAGUCUCCUCUGAACAGUUGAUGUUGAGAUGUGUCUGUUACUUGAACUCUGUGAAGCAUUUAUUUGGGCUGCAAUUUUUGAGGCUGGUAACUCUAAUGAACUUAUCCUCUGCAGCAGAGGUAACUCUGGGUCUUCCAUUCCUGUGGCGCUCAUCAUGAGAGCCAGUUUCAUCAGAGCGCUUGAUGGUUUUUUCGACUGCACUUGAGGAAACGUUCAAAGUUCUUGAAAUCUUCCGUAUUGAUUGAUCUUCAUGUCUUCAAGUAAUGAUGGACUGUCAUUUCUCUUUACUUAUUUGAGCUGUUCUUGCCAUAAUAUGGACUUGGUCUUUUACCAAAUAGGGCUAUCUUCUGUAUACCACCCCUACCUUGUCACAACACAACUGAUUGGCUCAAACGCAUUAACCUCUUAAGGAUCUGACCAUUUUUUUCAAUUUUCGCCUAAAAUGACAUACCCAAAUCUAACUGCCUGUAGCUCAGGACCUGAAGCAAGGAUAUGCAUAUUCUUGAUACCAUUUGAAAGGAAACAUUUUGAAGUUUGUGGAAAUGUGAAAUUAAUGUAGGAGAAUAUAACACAUUAGAACACAUUAGAUCUGGUGUUUAUUUAUUUAUUUUUGUUCCAUCAUCUUUGAAAUGGAAAAGAAAGGCCACAAUAUAAUAUUGCUGUUUAGGCACAAUUUAGAUUUUGGCCACUAGAUGGAAGCAGUGUGUGUGUGCAAAGUUUCACAUUGAUCCAGUGAAGCAUUGCAAUACUGGACUAUUUUGUAUCAAGUCUGCCCAAAUAUGCCGAAUUGAUCAAUUUAUACAUUUUCAAGUGCAUAACUAUAGGGAACAUACAAAAAUGAUAUGGUAAUACAAAAUGUAAGUUUACACACUCCCAGGAAUGUCAUACCUGAUGGAUCAUUAGCUUAUACACUAACUUUCACACAUCUAGAUGGCCGGGCGAGGUGGGUGUGGAGCCAGAGACAGCAAGUGUUCAAACUGUAGAACCCAGUUCCUACAUUUGAAUAUUAAAAUGGAUUUUAUUAAACAAAACUAUGCUACAUUUUAUCUCUGGGACCCUCAGGAUGACAAAUCAGAGCAAGAUUUCCUGAAUGUAAGUACAUUCUUACCUUCAGAGGUGAAUGUUUCAAACCAGUUGCCGUGAUACGUUUUUUGUUGUUGUGCACUCUCCUCAAACAAUAGCAUGGUCUUUUUUUUACUGUAAUAGCUACUGUAAAUUGGACAGUGCAGUUAGAUUACCAAGAAUGUAACCUUUCUGCCCAUAUAAGACAUGUCUAUGUCCUGGAAAGUUUGCUGUUACUUACAACAGUCAUGCUAAUCACAUUGAGCGCACGUUAGCUCAACCGUCCCGUAUACGGGACACCGAUCAAGUAGAGGUUAAGAAGGAAAGAAAUUCCACAAAUUAACUUUUAAGAAGGCACACCUGUUAAUUGAAAUGCAUUCUAGGUGACUACCUCAUGAAGCUGGUUGAGAGAAUGCCAAGAGUGUGCAAAGCUGUCAUCAAGGCAAAGGGUGGCUAUUUGAAGAAUCUCAAAUAUAAAAUAUAUUUUGAUUUGUUUAACACUUUUUUGGUUAUUUUAUAGUUUUGAUGUCUUCAUUAAUAAUCUACAAUGUAGAAAAUAGUACAAAUAAAGAAAAACCCUUGAAUGAGUAGGUGUUCUAAAACUUUUGACAGGUAUACACUACCAUUCAAAAGUUUGGGGUCACUUAGAAAUGUCCUUGUUUUCGAAAAAAAAUCAUUUUUUUUGUCCAUUCAAAUAACAUCAAAUUGAUCAGAAAUACAGUGUAGACAUUGAUAAUGUUGUAAAUGGCUAUUGUUGCUGGAAACGUCUGAUUUUUAAUGGAAUAUCUACAUAGGCGUACAGAGGCCCAUUAUCAGCAACCAUCAGUCCUGUGUUCCAAUGGCACAUUGUGUUUGCUAAUCCAAGUUUAUCAUUUGAAAAGGCUAAUUGAUCAUUAAAAAACCAUUUUGCAAUUAUGUUAGCACAGCUGGAAACUGUUGUGCUGAUUAAAGAAGCAAUAAAACGGGCCUUCUUGAGACUAGUUGAGUAUCUGGAGCAUCAGCAAUUGUGGGUUUGAUUACAGGCUCAAAAUGGCCAGAAACAAAUAACUUUCUUCUGAAACUCGUCAGUCUAUUCUUGUUCUGAGAAAUGAAGGCUAUUCCAUGCGAGAAAUUGCCAAGAAACUGAAGAUCUCGUACAACGCUGUGUACUACUCCCUUCACAGAACAGCGCAAACUGGCUCUAACCAGAAUAGAAAGAGGAGUGGGAGGCCCCGGUGCACAACUGAGCAAGAGGACAAAUACAUUAGAGUGUCUAGUUUGAGAAACAGGUGCCUCACAGGUCCUCAACUGGCAGCUUCAUUAAAUAGUACCCGCAAAACACCAGUCUCAACGUCAACAGUGAAGAAGCGACUCCGGGAUGCUGACCUUCUAGGCAGAGUUGCAAAGAAAAAGCCAUAUCUCAGGCUGCCCAUCUUCAUCUUUUCUUUUUAUUGGCCAGUCAGAGAUACGAGUUUUAAUGACUCCAACCUAAGUGUAUGUAAACUUCCAACUUGAACUGUAGCUAAAUGAUACAGUUGAAGUCGGAAGUUUACAUACACUUAGGUUGGAGUCAUUAAAGCUCGUUAUUCAACCACUCCACAUAUUUCUUGUUAACAAACUAUAGUUUUGGCAUCUACUUUGUGCAUGACACAAGGAAUUUUUCCAACAAUUGUUUACAGACAGAUUAUUUCACUCAUAAUUCACUGUAUCACAAUUCCAGUGGGUCAUAACUUUACAUACACUAAGUUGACUGUGCCUUUAAACAACUUGGAAAAUUCCAGGAAAUGUUGUCAUGGCUUUAGAAGCUUCUGAUAGGCUAAUUAACAUAAUUUGAGUCAAUUGGAGGUGUACCUGUGGAUAUAUUUCAAGGCCUACCUUCAAACUCAGUCCCUCUUUGCUUGACAUCAUGGGAAAAUCAAAAGAAAUCAGUCAAGACCUCAGAAAAAAAUGGUAGACCUCCCCAAGUCUGGUUCAUCCUUGGGAGCAAUUUCCAAAUGCCUGAAGGUACCACGUUCAUCUGUACAAACAAUAGUACGCAAGUAUAAACACCAUGGGACCACGCAGCUGUCAUAUCGCUCAGGAAGAAGACGCGUUCUGUCUCCUAGAGAUGAAUGUACUUUCGUGCGAAAAGUGCAAAUCAAUCCCAGAACAACAGCAAAGGACCUUGUGAAGAUGCUGGAGGAAACAGGUACAAAAGUAUAUAUACCCACAGGUAAAACGAGUCCUAUAUCGACAUAACCUGAAAGGCCGCUCAGCAAGGAAGAAGCCACUGCUCCAGAACCGCCAUAAAAAAGCCAGACUACGGUUUGCAACUGCACAUGGGGACAAAGAUCAUACUUUUUGGAGAAAUGUCCUCUGAUCUGAUGAAACAAAAAUAGAACUGUUUGUCCAUAAUGACCAUCGUUAUGUUUGGAGGAAAAAGGGGGUUGUGCAAGCCAAAGAACACCAUCCCAACCGUGAAUCAUGGGGGUGGCAGCAUUAUGCUGUGGGGGUGCUUUUCUGCAGGAGGGACUGGUGCACUUCACAAAAUAGAUAGCAUCAUGAGGAAGGAAAAUUAUGUGGAAAUAUUGAAGCAACAUCUCAAGACAUCAAUCAGGAAGUUAAAGCUUGGUCGCAAAUGGGUCUUCCAAAUGGACAAUGACCCCAAGCAUACUUCCAAAGUUGUGGCAAAAUGGCUUAAGGACAACAAAGUCAAGGUAUUCGAGUGGCCAUCACAAAGCCCUGACCUUAAUCCUAUAGAAAAUGUGUGGGCAGAACUGAAAAAGCGUGUGCGAGCAAGGAGGCCUACAAACCUGACUCAGUUACACCAGCUCUGUCAGGAGGAAUGGGCCAAAAUUCACCCAACUUAUUGUGGGAAGCUUGUGGAAGGCUACCCAAAACGUUUGACCCAAGUUAAACAAUUUAAAGGCAAUGCUACAAAAUACUAAUUGAGUGUAUGUAAAUUGCUGACCCACUGGGAAUGUGAUCUGCCUGUUCCAUGAUCUCGCCAUCACGGUUGACAACUCCGUUGUGUCCUCCUCCCAGAGUGCGAAGAGCCUUGGCGUGACCCUGGACAACACCCUGUCGUUCUCCGCUAACAUCAAGGCGGUGACCCGAUCCUGUUGGUUCAUGCUCUACAACAUUCGGAGAGUACGACCCUGCCUUACACAGGAAGCGGCACAGGUCCUAAUCCAGGCACUUGUCAUCUCCCGUCUGGAUUACUGCAACUCGCUGUUGGCUGGGCUCCCUGCCUGUGCCAUUAAACCCCUACAACUCAUCCAGAAUGCCGCAGCCCGUCUGGUGUUCAACCUUCCCAAGUUCUCUCACGUCACCCCCCUCCUCCGCACACUCCACUGGCUUCCAGUUGAAGCUCGCAUCUGUUACAAGACCAUGGUGCUUGCCUAUGGAGCUGUGAGGGGAACGGCACCUCCGUACCUUCAGGCUCUGAUCAGUCCCUACACCCAAACGAGGGCAUUGCGUUCAUCCACCUCUGGCCUGCUGGCUCCCCUUCCUCUGCGGAAGCAUAGUUCCCGCUCAGCCCAGUCAAAACUGUUCGCUGCUCUGGCACCCCAAUGGUGGAACAAGCUCCCUCACGACGCCAGGACAGCGGAGUCACUCACCACCUUCCGGAGACUUUUGAAACCCCACCUCUUUAAGGAAUACCUGGGAUAGGAUAAAGUAAUCCUUCUACCCCUCCCUUACCCCAACCCCCCCCCCCCCCCAAAAAAAAAAAAUCAAUAAAAAAAAACACAUUGUAAAGUGGUUAUCCCACUGGCUAUAAGGUGAAUGCACCUAUUUGUAAGUCGCUCUGGAUAAGAGCGUCUGCUAAAUGACGUAAAUGUAAAUGUAAAUGUAAAUGAAAUAAAAGCUGAAAUAAAUCAUUCUCUCUACUAUUAUUCUGACAUUUCACAUUCUUUAAAUAAAGAGGAAGGCCCUCAAAAUUGUCAAAGACUCCAGUCACCCUAGUCAUAGACUGUUCUCUCUGCUACCGCACGGCAAGCGGUACCGGAGUGCCAAGUCUAGGUCCAAAAGACUUCUCAACAGCUUCUACCCCCAAGCCAUAAGACUCCUGAACAGCUAAUCAUGGCUACCCGGACUAUUUGCACUGCCCCCCCACCCCAUCCUUUUUACGCUGCUGCUACUCUGUUAAGUAUUUAUGCAUAGUCACUUUAACUCUACCCACAUGUACAUAUUACCUCAACUAGCCGGUGCCCCCGCACAUUGACUAUGCAACGGUACCCCCCUGUAUAUAUAGCCUCCCUACUGUCACUUUAUUCUAUUGUAUAUAUAGCCUCCCUACUGUCACUUUAUUUUUUACUUCUGCUCUUUUUUUUCUCAACACUUUUUUGUUGUUGUUUUAUUCUUACUUUUUUUGUUUAAAAUAAAUGCACUGUUGGUUAAGGGCUGUAAGUAAGCAUUUCACUGUAAUGUCUGCACCUGUUGUAUUCGGCGCAUGUGACCAAUAAAAUUUGAUUUGAUUUGAUUUGAUUUGAUCCUAACUGACCUAAGACAGGGAUUUUUUACUAGGAUUAAAUGUCAGGAAUUGUGAAAAACUGAGUUUAAAUGUAUUUGGCUAAGGUGUAUGUAAACUUCUGACUUCAACUGUAACUACCACUGAAACAAUAUUGUCUCUCAACAAAAUUGUCAGCAAUUUUUGAAAUACAUGUUUCCUAUUGUUUCUAGUACCUAUCACUGAAUCUCUUAUUUUGUUACUAUUGAAGGAAGACCAACUGUCUCACCACCAUCAUAUCCACCUCCUCCACUCCCAUGCCAGUUUAGACAAGAAUCAAUGUCAGGAUUCUGCAAAGGUCUCCCCGAACCUGCCCCCAACAGGAUCCCCAUCAGUCCCCUUCCAAAGAAAAUGCCCCCGCUCUUACCUCGACCCAAGCUGGGUGAGAUCGGCCACAACCACCAUGGACACAAGGACAUCCCAAACUGGGAGAGCUCAGAGAGGAGUGUGAGGGUCCCUAAGAGCCCUGCCCCUCCUCCCCUUCCCAUGGCCAGCCUAAAGAAGCAGAUGAUGAUGGGGAAGAUGUCCAUCUCCACCAUACCUGGGGGGGACCACAGAGCCAUGAAGCCCCCUGUUCCAGUGUCCCUCAAGUCUCCCGCCACCCUGCCCAUCUGCAUCGACCUGGACAGGCAGAUGGGGCUGAAUCCUAGUCCACGUGGUUGCCAUGGCAACACACCCAGUCACAUCCCAAGCGUGCCAAACUACUGCCAUAGUACUAGGCCAGCACCAGAUCUCCCACCACAGGCCUUGCCAGCACUGAACCACACGCCUGGACCGUACAAACCACCAAGACGGUCAGCACAGUAAGUGUCUGCAAAGACUUUACCUUUUGCUCUGAAAACGUUCAUUUGAUUUCAAGAUUGUUAUAUUGUAUUCAUGUACAGCACACAAAUAUACAGCACCGUUUAAGAUUAAGGUUAAAACACCCACUUCUUCUCAGAAGAUCAUCUCCAGAUGGACAAAUCUUCCAAACCUCAGUGGACGAGGUGCCUACCUCUUUAAGAAACAACAGGGAUCCAUCCAAGGACAUCAACGAUGACUCUGAUGAAGACUAUGAGAGUGUAAGCAGCCAUAUUCUCCAUCAACUAUCAAUCUUGUGUACACAUGCUAUGAGAAAAACACCUCUGUUAUGUUUUGUGUUUAGUGUCUUUACUCAGUGGUGCGUGCAUGCCCUUGUUUCACUACAAAUUCCAUAAUCUCAUCGCACAAUCAUGUUCAGUGUACUACAGAUUAGUCUUGGCCUGCUGACGCAAGUCUAACCUCUUUAUGUCUGUUGUUGCUGUUUUCUUUUCGCACAUGUUUCUGACCUCAGGUUCAAUUACCAGAUUCUGUGUUUGUGGACAUAACAGAAACAAGCAGUGUUGAAAAGUAAGACAAUAAAUUAUUUCUGUAUUGAACAUUUGUUAAAUCCUCCUUGUUUCUUUUUGUUUAAUGGUCUUUAGCGCCCACUAAUGUUGAAUCAGGGAAUCUCUUUCUGAAAAUUAUGUCUCUGUUUUCUCUUGAAAGAAGAGCAGAACACGUCUGAAUGCAGUCUUACUGAAAUACAUUAUUAAUGUGCUUUAAUUGCAGGUUAUUUAUGGAAUGCUCCAGAACACCGCAGGAUGGUCUCUACUGCUUCAGGAACUCAGGAACAAAGACAUCAAAGGUACAAAAUGUGCAUGCUGUGAAGCAUAAACAUCUUGGGAUUCACCACACAUCAUACAAUGAAUAUUGAAAAGAAACUGGUUUAGUAAAUAAUGUAAAUUUGUUCUCAUUGAAUCAGGUGCUGGUGGUGUGGGAUGUGAAUCUGUGCAAGGCCAGAAACUACAGGCUCUUUGAGGAGGUCAGAACCACUCUCUUUACUUUCUCUGUCUACCCCAUGCCCGUAACUACAUACAAGGACACCGAGGUCCGGUAAUUUUCUAUCAUUUGAAAAAAAAAUAUGAUAAUAAAAAACUAUAUUUUGUACACAAUAAAGAAAAUAAAUUACGGGUCAACAUCUAAAUAUUGCCCCAGCGUUGAUCAAAGCUCAGGACGUUGACCAAAGCUCGUUAUGUUCGCCUGUGUCCCCUGGAUUUGCUUCCCGGAUACGCCUUUUUUAGCAGCACAUUCACCACUCUCUCAAACAGCCUGAGACGUGAAACGAACUACCCCAGGUCGGAGUCCACUCAAGUAGGCCACUAAAGACGCUGCAGAAAGCGUGUUUGCGAGAUACAAAAAAUUUAAAAAAAUUAAACCAUCCCGCAUUUUAAAAGCAUCCCGUGUCUCCUUCCGUGUCUACAGACAUCCCCCAAACAAACAAAAAACGACUCUCGGGGAAUGAGUGCACACCUGGUAAAUAGUCACUCGUAGAUGUCAGUCAUCAGGUGGCUAACUGCCGGCAGACACUUCGAUUGCAGUAACGUUGAAAAGCUCUGGCUAGUAUUACUUAGCCAGCUAGAAGGAUUAAUUAAGGAGCUAACGUUAAACGGAGCCUACAGGAGCAAAACAUACGCUAGCCUACAAAGUUAUCAUAAUAACUUUGCUUUACAGAGAGUAGGCUACUGAGACAGACAGUGAUGUGGUGAGGCCGAGGCAGGCUGCAAUGCUUGCAAAGGAGACAGAGAGGGAGAGGAGCAGAGAGGUUAGUACAGUAGUUCCUAAACUUGGGUUCGGGGCCCAUUGUGGGGUCCCCUGAGAAAAUCGGUACUAAUCUUAUGAAACAAGUUAGGAACUUGAAAAAAUAAUAUGAACAUCUUCACAUGGCCUAUCUUCCCUAUAGGCCUACAUUAAAAUGCAAACAAUACAGUUCUAAAAAUGUAAUACGUCGCUGAUGCUACGUGUAAGUGUGAAUAAUUUCUCAUAUUUCCUCUCUUUCAGGGGAAAACAUUAUAUAAUAGCUAAUAGGCUAUGCUAUGUGUUUGUAGAUUGACUGAGGUGAAUGAACCUACAGCAGCCAAGGUGAUAAUGGCUGGGGUCAUUUUUGCUAGCUUUUGCUGUCCUCCAAAUAGCAUUUUAACGUUUUUUAAUUGUAUACAAAUUAAGCUUCCGGACCUCACUAAAACUCAAACCCUGGUUACGGCCGUGUCUACCAUGUCGAUUGUCUGACUAAAUCAAUAUUACAAUGAAGGAUUCCAGUACCAUAUCUGUCUUGUUUGAUGUGAAUUUCAUUGUGUUUAUGGUUUAGGACUCCCAGUUGUUCCUGGAGUCAGAGCUGACAUUUGCCACCCUGUCAGCCCUAGUGGAGCACUACCAUAGCCACCCUCUACCCAAUCACGACUCUCUGUGUCUGCAGCAGCCAUAUGGUUGCAUCAUGCCAAGAUGA